GCACUCGCUCUCCUCUCAAUUCCGCCGUAAACAAACCCUCGCCGCGCCGCAAACCUCCGCAGCAGCAGCAGCAGCCAUGGCGCGCCGCCACCUCGCUUACCCCCUCCACCUCCCGCUCCUCCCCCGCAAGCCCCUCGCGCCGGCCCUUCUCGCCCACCGCGCGCUAUGCAACUCCUCCACCCUCGACACCCCCGCCCCUGCCGUCGAGGCGCCGGCGGACACCUCGCCGCCGCCCGCCAACCCGCCCCGCCGCGAGGAGCUCCUCCACGAGACGGUCCUGCACAUGAUCCGGCGCCGCCAGUGGACCACGCGCCUCGAGAACUCCAUCCGCCUGCUCUCGCCCACCCUCGACGCGCCGCUCGUCCACGGCGUCAUCUCCGCCGCGGGCCGCGCCGACCUCGCGCUCCAGUUCUUCCGCUUCGCCUACCGCCGGGCCGGCUUCCGCCCGGACCGCGACACCUUCGCGCUCCUCGUCCCGGCGCUCGCGUCCCGCCGCAUGCUCAACCACGCGCGCUGCCUCGUCCUCGACACCAUGCCCUCCUUCUCCAUCGCGCCCGACGAGGCCACGCUCGCCGCGCUCAUCGCGGCCUACGGCAAGGCCGCCAUCCCGCAGGAGGCCGUCAAGCUGUUCCGGAUGAUGCCUGACCUCGGCAUCCCCCGCACCGCGCUCUCCUACAACGCCGUCCUCAAGGCCAUACUCUGCCGCGGGCGCGAGGCCAUGGCCAGGCGGAUCUACAACUCCAUGAUCGCCGAGGGUGUCGCCCCGGACUUGUCCACCUACAACACAUUGAUCUGGGGGUUCGGCCUGUGCAAGAAGAUGGAGACCGCCGUCAGGGUGUUUGGGGACAUGAAGGCUCAUGGGGUCGCGCCUGAUGCAACGACUUAUAACACCCUGCUCAAUGCUUGGGUGCGGGCAGGUGAUCUGGAGAGUGCACGCAAGGUGUUUGAUGAAAUGAUUGGGGAGGGGAUUGAACGGAACUCAGUCUCAUACAAUAUCAUGAUCAAGGGGUAUGUUGAAGCCAAAAAGGUGGAGGAGGCAGUGGCAUUGUUCACAGAGAUGGGCGAGAAAGGUUUGAGGUUGAGCGAGAAGACAUUCGCUGCGUUGCUGCCAGGCCUUUGUGAUGAUCAGGGGAGGGUGGCGGAGGCCCGGAAGGCAGUGGAUGACAUGGCAGAGCGGAGGCUCACGCCUAAGGACAAGUCGGUGUUUCUGAGGCUGGUGACGACGCUGUGCAGAGCUGGGGAUUUGGAUGGGGCGUUGGAGGUGCACCGGAAGAGCGGGCAGUUCAAGCAUGUUCUCGUGGAUCCGAGACAGUAUGGAGUGUUGAUGGAGGGCCUUUGCGCAGGCGGGAAGUGCGAUAGUGCUGUUGAGGUGCUAGAUGAGCUGAUGGAGAAGGGCACACUGCUGAGCCCAAAGAGUCAUGUGCUUGAAGCAUCGGCGUAUAACCCGGUGAUUGAGCAUCUGUGCAACAAUGGUAACACCACCAAGGCCGAGACAUUCUUCAGGCAGCUGAUGAAGAAAGGUGUGGAUGACAAGGCUGCAUUUAACAGUCUUAUCCAUGGGCAUGCAAAAGAAGGUGUGCCUGAGGCGGCUCAGGAGAUUCUUGCCAUUAUGACGCGCCGUGAGGUCCCAACUGACCCUGAAUCACACACGCUGUUAGUUGAUAGCUUCCUGAAGAAGAAUGAGCCAGCAGAUGCAAAGACAGCAUUGGACGGCAUGAUGCAACAGGGUCACCUGCCGAGCUCAGGUCUGUUCAAGUCUGUCAUGGAGGCGCUCUUCAAUGAUGGACGUGUUCAGACUGCAAGUAGGGUCAUGAAGAGUAUGAUCGAGAAGGGGGUUACUGAGAACAUGGACAUGGCGCAUAAGAUACUUGAAGCUCUCUUCAUGAGGGGACAUGUGGAGGAGGGGAUCGGUCGUGUCAAUCUGAUGGUGGAAAAUGCCUGUAUGCCUGAUCUAGAUAAGUUACUGGUUGGCCUUUGUGAGAAUGACAGAGUGAUGGAGGCGCAGAAGCUGGCUGAUUUCGCGUUGGACAGGGACUUUGAUGUUAGCUUCUCAACCUACGACAGAGUUCUGGAGGCCCUGUACACUGAGGAGAAGACAUUGCCUGCCUACUCCAUGCUUUGCAAGAUCAAGAACAAGGGAGGUGUUGUCAAUCAGAAAGGUUGUGAUGCUUUGAUGGAGAGCUUAAAAUCUGAAGGGUACUCAAAGCAAGCAGAUAUUUUGUCUAGGAUCUUGACAGAGAAUGCACAAUCGACAUCCAAGAGGGGCAAAAGGGUUGCCAUGAGUGCGUAGCGAGGUCUGCCUUCUUGUGGAAACUAUCCAUUUUUUUCUUUUUGACUUGAAGAAAGAUGUGAUAUCUUUGAAUCUUUCUUUUCAUCGAUGCUUCUUGAGCUAUUUGUCAAGUGGGUGUUUUCAUCCUAUAAGACAAGAAGCAGGUACAUUUACUUUCAGUUUGGAGAAUCCCUGAUCUUUUUGUCUUAGUGAGAAGAAACGUAUGCAAUAAUAGCAAAGAUGUACCUCCUGUUAAGGAUUUUGUUGCGAAAUCUAGCAUUUAUUACUGAUUUU